GAAAGUUAGUUAUGAAGGGUUGAGUGUGGAAGGUUGUAGCUGCGGGAGGAUCAACUCACCUUGAUAACAACUUUAUCAUCAUAUAUCUCACUUAUUGACUUAUAUAUCUGAGUGGUGAAGUAGUUAAUGAUGACUGUAGACUUUGUGACUUACGUCUACGCUGCUACUGUGGGCGUGGGCGGCCUGGUGGGCUACUUCAAGGCUGGUAGUGUACCUUCCCUGGGAGCAGGACUGCUCUUUGGCUCACUCUUGGGUUAUGGUGCUUACCAGAUGAGUGCAAAUCCAGCUAAUUACUAUCUUACCCUGGGUACCAGCACAGUCCUUGGAGGCAUCAUGGGGAUGCGUUUUCUUAACUCUGGAAAGUUCAUGCCCCCAGGCCUGAUUGCAGUCAUGAGCCUUGCAAUGGUGGCAAGAUUGGGAGCACGAGCUGUUGGUUUAACAAAUAGCAAGGCUGAGUGAAGCAGGUUCCUUUCAGGCAUUGUUGUUACUCUUUGAUGUGGCUCUUCAUAAAAUAAUAAAGAAUUGUAUUUGAUUGAUGGUUGGUAUUUUUACAGUGGGGUAGAGGUGAGGACUUAGAACACAUUGUCUUCUAAUGCAAAAUAAAUAGCAUAUUGAUUACUAACAUUAAUUGCAACCCUCAAAUUUGUCUCUAGUUUAUGUUGGGGUCUGGGCACAGACCCAUAGUAAUUUUGUCUACCUAAUGUGAAGAACCCUAAGCAGCUUUUGCACUUUACAAAUUUUAAAUUUUUGAAAUAAUUAUUAUAUUGUAUAUGUUGCAUUUUGUUAUUCAUAGUUUAAUGUUUUAGUAAAGAAACAUUUAUAGAUUUUGGUUUGCUUUCUCUGACUGUUGUACAGUUAGAGAAUAAGUAAUACAGUCUUGUUUUUAAAUUUUAAAUUACAAUAAAUAUAGGUGAUAGUAGA